AUGUCUUGGGUGGGUUUGGGAUUUGGGCAGUUGUUGAGGGAUAGGUCUCUUGUGGGGUUGGGGAUGGGGUGGAUCUCAGGUGGGGGAUGGGGGUUGUAUGGUGGCAUUGGGCUCGGGAGUUUUCUCGGUAGAGAGAAAAACAUAGGGAGAGGGAGAGAGAGGGAGGGAGGUGGGGAAGGGGGGAAUUGGGGGUUGGGUCGAGGAAUUGGCGAUCUGUGA